AUCGAAUCGUGCUGAGAUUUUUUUUUUUGAAAAAUGGUGGAAGCGGAUCGUCCAGGGAAGUUAUUUAUAGGAGGACUCAAUACAGAAACAAAUGAAAAAGCUCUUGAGUCAGUUUUUGGAAAAUAUGGCCGGAUAAUAGAAGUUCUGUUGAUGAAAGAUAGACAAACCAAGAAAUCCAGAGGCUUUGCUUUUAUUACUUUUGAGAGUCCAGCUGAUGCAAAAGAUGCUGCAAGAGACAUGAAUGGAAAGUUCUUAGAUGGAAAAUCAAUUAAGGUGGAACAAGCCACCAAACCAUCAUAUGCAAGAGGUGGUAGGCGAGGGCCACCACCCCCUCCAAGAAGCAGAGGUCCUCCAAAAGGUCUUAGAGGUGGAAGAGGAGGAAAUGAUGGAGCAAGAGGGCCACCUCGUGGAUGGCGCAUGGAUGACAGUGGAUAUUCUCUUAAUGUCAACAUGGGUUCUUCAAAGGGACCACUCCCAGUUAAAAGGGGUCCACCACCACGAAGUGGAGGACCUCCACCUAAAAGAUCUGCACCUUCUGGACCAGUGCGUAGCAGUAGUGGAAUGGGAGGAAGAGGGCCAGUGUCACGUGGAAGAGAUAGCUAUGGAGCUCCUCCACGAAGAGAACCAAUGUCAUCACGCAGAGAUGUGUAUACGUCACCAAGAGAUGAUAGUUACAGUACUAAAGAGAGUUAUUCAAGCAGAGAUUAUGCAAGUUCUCGGGAUACCAGAGAUUAUGCUCCACCUUCAAGGGACUAUAUAUACCGUGAUUAUGGCCAUUCUAGCUCACGUGAUGAAUAUACAUCUAGAGGAUAUGGUGACCGUGAUGGCUAUGCUGGAGGUCGUGAUAGAGACUAUUCAGAUCAUCCAAGUGGAGGGUCCUACAGAGAUUCUUAUGAGAGUUAUGGUAACUCCGGUAGUACUCCACCUACUCAAGGGCCUCCUCCCUCUUCUGGGGGAAGUAGUCGCUAUGAUGAUUACAGCAGUGCAAGAGAUGGAUAUGGUGGAAGUCGUGAAAGUUACUCAAGUAGCCGAAGUGAUAUCUAUUCAAGUGGUCGUGAUUGUUUUGGCAGACAAGAGAGAGGGCUUCCUGCUUCAUUGGAUAGAGGAUAUCCUACCCCACGUGAUUCAUAUAGCAGUUCAAGCUGUGGAGCUGCAAGAAGUGGUGGCCGUGGGGGAAGUAGAUCUGAAAGAGGAGGCAGAAGCAGAUAUUAAAAGAAAUAUGAGUUUUUUCAACCAAACUGCCUUUUCAGAGAAAUUAAGAAUUGAGUUUAUUUUAUCUUAACCACCAGAGCACU